AUGUAUCAAACACGAUUACUCUCUAAUAAAUGGCUCCGUCUCGGCAGCAGCCGGUCUGCUGCUCAUGUACGCUACAUGCAACAAUUGACUUCACCAGAGCUUCGCUCCACCUUCAUCAAGUAUUUUGAGAAACAAGGGCAUACACCUGUCAAAAGCGCCAGUCUUGUGCCUCACAAUGACAAGAGUUUGCUGUUUACAAACGCAGGUAUGGUUCCUUUCAAGGAGCACUUUCUCAAGCCUAAUGCAGCACCGUUUCAAUGCGCCACCAGUGUUCAGAAAUGCAUGAGAGCAGGCGGCAAACACAAUGACCUUGAUAAUGUGGGAUACACUCCUCGUCACCACACGUUUUUCGAAAUGCUGGGCAAUUUCUCAUUUGGUAAAUACUCCAAGGCCGAAGCCAUCAGUUAUGCAUGGAAGUUUUUACUGGAAGAGCUGAAAUUGCCAAUCAGUCGACUUCGGGUCACCGUUUUGGAAGGAGACGACGAAGGCUAUCAAUUGUGGAAAAAACAGGGAUUGACAGAUGAUAUGAUUGUCAAGUGUGGACCAGAGGAUAACUUCUGGACAAUGGGAGACGGUGAAGGGCCCUGUGGAUCCUGUACUGAAAUUUUUUGGGACACACAAGACGCAUCAUUGGACGAUCCAUGGCUCGAAAUCUGGAAUCUUGUGUUUAUGGAAAAGUACAGAAAUGCACAGGGCGAAUUGAGCGACCUGCCUAUUCCUUGCAUUGAUACGGGCAUGGGUUUGGAGAGAAUGGUGUCCGUGCUUCAGGGAAAGAAAAACAACUUUCAAAUUGAUCAAUUCGAGACACUAAUCACUGGUCUGAGGGAGCUCAUGGCAGCGCGUGGACUCAAGAGCUCCACCGAUAUUGAUCCAAGCGCACAUGAAAAGAUUGUAGCUGAUCACUUCAGGGCCAUGUGUUUCUUGAUUGGCGACGGCGUUGUGCCUAGCAACAUUGGUCGUGGCUAUGUUUUGAGACGUAUUAUCAGACGUGCGCUUCGAUCAGCCAAGCAAUUGGGAUUGAAUGAACCUUUUUUGACAGAUCUGUACCCAUCUUUGCUGGCUGGAUUUACUGAUGGAUCUUACCCGGAGCUCGCUAGUCGUGCAUCAUCUAUUCGCAGCAUCAUCACCAACGAAGAAACUGCAUUUUUGGCUACACUGGACAGAGGCAUGGCCUUGUUGGAAAACGUAUUCAGCCAAAGCGAUUUUCAGGCAACAAAGCAAAUUCCACCUCAGAUUGCCUUUCAAUUGUAUGACACAUAUGGAUUCCCAUUCGAUUUGACUUUAAUUAUUGCUCGUGAAAGAGGCUGGUCUGUUGACAUUGAAGCUGUGGAGGCACUGAGAGAAAAGCAAAAGAUUACAGGCAGAGAAUCAUGGAAAUCUGAAAGCAUGGCAGACAAAUCAAGAUUAUCCGAAUGGAAAGCCCUUAACAUUAAACCUCAAUUCACUGGGUAUGAUCACAGUCUACUUCACCAGGAAUCAGAGAUUUUAGCAGUGGAUACUGUCAAGAAGGGAAAGAAGGUAGAAGUCAACAUUGCCAUCGAUCCAUGUCCAUUUUACGGUCUAGGCGGUGGCCAAGUCCCUGAUAAUGGCACGAUUGAGCUCUCCAAUGGACAUAACUGGCAAGUAGUGGAUGUCACUCAGCCUUACGAAGGCGGCAUGGCUCUGAAAAUUGUUCCCGCCGACUUGAAGCCUGGAGAGGAUAUUGCUCAACGUAUUGAAGCGGAUAGAGAAUAUUUGCAACAAGGCCAUUUAGUAAGAACUCAAGUGGAUAUGAGACGUCGUGAGGGUGCAGAAAUCCAUCAUACUGCUACUCAUUUAUUGAAUGCUGGUCUUAGAAGAGUGCUCAAGUCUGAUGAUAUCGUACAAGCUGGCUCAACUGUCGAGCCCAAAAAACUGAGAUUUGACUUUACCUACGGAAAGCCUUUAAAGCAUGAUCAAUUAACCAAGAUCGAAGACUGGGUGAACGAAGUUGCAUUGCACGGUGGCGAAACUAGUGUCAAGCAUAUGAGGUUGACAGACGCAGUGAAUUCAGGUGCCAUUGCAGCUUUUUCUGAGAAAUAUGGUGAUACUGUUCGAGUCAUUGAUGUGCCUGGUAUCAGUAAAGAGCUCUGUGGUGGCACACACGUAGAUAACAUUCGCAAAUUAUAUCCUUUCAAGAUUUUGAACGAAACCUCUGUUGCUGCUGGUACCCGUAGAAUUGAAGCUACAGCUGGACUAUCCUGUGUUGAAUGGUACAGAAAGGCUUAUGAACCCAUUCCCAAAGCGCUUCAGUUAUUGCGUGCCAAUGGUACCAAUGAAAUCAUAGACAAACUCGAGAAAUCGUUACAGCAAACCAAAGAUCUUCAAAAGCGUGUAGAGCUCAUGAAUGACAAGUUGGCUACUGCUGGUGAAGUAGCCAUGAAACCUAUUUCAAGCAAAAUCAAAGAUAUUGACGUCAAGAUUCACUUGAUUGAUUCUGAUUUGGACGCCAACUUUAUGCAAAAGCGUGCCAAUGUCCUGAAAGAAAGUCAGUCAGAUGCUGCACAUAUCUUGGUCAAUGGCAACACAAUUGUUGUGGCAUUGAAUGGUGAGCAAAUCAAGUCUGAAACUGCCAACUCGAUUUUGAAGCAAAUGCUGAAACACAUCAAGGGUGGCGGUGGAGGUCAAAAGGAAAUGGCUCAAGGUCGUUUAGCCGAGGCAGUUGCAAGUGAAACUGACAUUAUUACCAAAUUAGUUCCUGCCUUGGAAAAAUGCUAG